AUGCAAAAAUUGAACAUGUCAUAUGACACACUGUAUGCAGAAUUGACUCAAAAAGAAGUGUACUUAAAUGAAGCUAACACAACACUAAGUUUAUUAAAAGACAUCCAAAGUUCACUAGAGGACAUCUGUAUCAAAGAGCAAUACAAUGCAGAAGUAAUCAAAAAUGAUUUAAACAAUAUCGUCGAUGUGAUGAAGAAGGAGGAAGUCAACAACUUCAUGCUCGGCACCGAAGAGGAGAAGAACUCGAGCGAAGCCAAAGAAGCUUUUUUGCAUCGGUCUGAGGAAUUGGAGGCGAUGAAGUCCGGCUCAAAACAGAUGUCUCCGAAAACUUCAAAAAGCGACAAAAAGACGAUCUUCUCAGUGAUGAAAAAAAUGGAUAUGAGCAAAGCAGAGCAAGAUGAUAUUAUCAAGAAGAACUUGACGCAGAUGAGUGCAUGGGCAAACUUACAGAAGUACAAACUCAUAUUUGACUCUUCAAAAUAUGAAACCCUGUCAAACGCUAUAUUCACUAAUAAGAUUUUUGGCUCGACAAACACUUACCUUUUAUGUUUCGAUGACUACGGAAGUGUAUUUGGAGUGUUUCUCAAGAACGCUAUUGAUAAAAUCGAGGACUUUGUGGUUGAUGAAGAAUUGUUUUUGUUCACAUUCAAGAAAGGACCCUUUUCUUAUUGCAAAAAGUGGGUACCCAAUCGGGGAGAGGCGUGUGGUAUUAAAUUGAAUAAGAGCGGCACUUCUUUGUUCCAAGUGGGGUGCGAGAGGGAUAAUCUCGUGAUCGCAAAACCCUUUCUUCCCGAAAGCUAUUGUUUCGAAGUUGAUCAACACUUCGAAAAUCUUGCACCACUCGAACUGAAUGGGACGUGUUUCCCAAAAAGGUUUGUUGCCACCCGCAUUUGUGUGUUACAAUUUAAAUAA